AUGCCUUUUAAGACUGGUCCAGUCUCGCUCCCCGGUCGACGUAUCAUUCGUGAGGCCUUCGAGGAGCUCCAGCGGACAGUGUCACCGCUGGAGGCGAAAGACUUCCAAAAUACGACGUUGGAAGACGUCGAAAAAGCGGCACUUGAUAUUGAGAACCAGCUAGCAGCCAAGAAGAUGCUCAGAAAUAUGCGCCGCUUAAAGCCUUUAUUCCAAGGACUAGGUCACUACUCACAGUCAAUUGAAGUGCUGUGCAAUGGCACGCCAUAUUUGCCCUGGAUUUGGGCCCCUAUCAAACUCAUUCUCACGAUCGCAUCAGACUUUGUCGAAGCUCUUGAACGAAUUGUCGCCGCUUAUUCACAAAUUGCAGAGUCUUUACCCAGAGUCGAAAUGCUCGGUGAAGCCUUUGGUAAAAGAAUUGAAUUUCAAGAGAUCUUGGCCGUUUUCUAUUCAGAUAUAUUGAAAUUCCACCGCCACGCGUACAUGUUUGUUCGGAGAAGUAGCUGGAAGAUAUUUUUUCUCACAACAUGGGGUCGAUUUCAACGGCGGCUCGACACAAUUCUCACUAAUAUGAAAGCUCAUGAAGAAUUGAUUGACAAGACCGCCAAUGCUGUCAAUAUCUUGGAAGCCUCUAAGAUGAGAGAAAGCCUACGCAAUCAGAUAAAUGAGAAUAUUGAUGAAGUUGCAAAGCAAGAAGAUGAGGACUCAACUAAACAAUACCAGGCCAUCAUUGGAUGGUUGAAGAUGGAUGAUACAGACCAACAAGUCAUCUUUGACUCAAUCGCAUCAGAAGCAGAAAAGAAUGAAGGGACUUGCGACUGGAUAUUCAAGCAACCCACUCUCGUGUCAUGGAUGAGAACUCAGCCGGAAACUCCAUUUCUUUGGCUUCAGGGAAAUCCAGGAGCGGGCAAAAGUGUACUGGCCACACAAAUUGACGUCUUCCUUCGAACUAGCCAUCAGUCUCUUGUUGUUCGUCACUUUUGCACCUACUCAUAUGCAUCAUCGAUCCAAUUUGACCAAAUUCUGCGAUCUUUACUCCUUCAACUGAUUCGCUCGAACGGCGACCUAAUAACCUACAUUUAUGAAAAAUUUGUCUUGGCCAAACAAGCCGUCACGAUCAAGUCGCUCUCACAGCUGAUCCGGGGCCCGAAUAGCUCCAUGUUUUAUAAAGUCCUGAUUUCUAGUCGGCCAUCACCACUGUUAUCGAAGAAGUUUCGAAAACGGCCUACUGUUUCACUUAUAGACGAAAAGAGUAGAAUUAAUGAGGCCAUCAAGAUUUAUGCUCAUCAGAAGCUUGGUUUCCUCCGCAAUCGAUUCUUGGAGUUCGGCAUUUGUGGCACAGAUAUUGCAGAGCUCUCUCGCAGCAUAUCCUUAAAAGCUGACGGAAUGUUUCUAUGGGCUCGACUGGUUUUGGAAUAUAUAUCAUCCAAUAUCUUCUACAGUCGCGACGAGGUACUCUGUUCGGUCAACAUGCUUCCCAGAAAGCUGAGUGAAUUUCAAGGAGAUAUAGAAGCUCCGAUGAUGCCACCUCAGUAUAUUUUCGAAAUGUGCACGCCGCUUAUUCAGGAGAAUAAAGAUAGAACUCUCUCAUUCAUUCAUGUUUCUGUUAAGGACCAUCUCAAAUCGGCCGAGACUGCGAUGGCUUUGGUAGAGGCUGAUGCAUUAUGCGAACAUGGUGUGGCGGCUAUCACCUGCCUCCUUGCCGGUUUUCGGAUUUUUGAUACAACAUACGACUCAAGUGACCGAAAUUUGAGAAUCCUAAGGGGCCUUCAUGCUUUUCACAUCUAUGCAACAGAUUACUGGCUUGAAGACCUGCUAUGUAGCAACGCUGCUAUCUGCGGCUUCGAGGCUGCCUCCCUUCUGUAUUCGACAGCCAAAGCAUUGGCAGACCGACUAAACACAGAGAGUCUCUCAACGAAAAUCUCAGAAAUCUCAGCGGAGCAAGAAUCAGGUACAUUGGACAGUCGAUUGGAAAAAUUCGCAAAUCAGGGAGCCGUAUAUGACAUGCUACGACUUGCUUUGAGAGAGCGGUCCACGAGAGCUAGUUCUAGCCAAUCCCAGCAAGAUGAUCAUUCUACUGAUCUUAUACAGCUCGCACUCCAAAAUCUCCAGGACCUGCUAGCUAGCUACCAAGCCAGCAUCCGGUCUCUGCUGAUGAUCCCCUCGUUCCCAGGAAUUACUUUCGAGGAGUUGGAGAAAUUCAAACGAAAUUUUCGAACGGCCGCAUUUACUUGUCGUGUCCGUAACUGCCCCCGUGCAACCACAGGCUUCCCUGACGAGAAGAAAUUAUCGGAGCACGAGCGAACACAUACCCAACGAAUUAUGUGUGCGGUUCCUGACUGCCAAUACCCACCGCUAACUUCUUCUCGCGCUCUUAAUGUUCAUAUGUCAAAAUGCCAUGGAAAAAUACAACGAAUUGCAAAUAUCACUAGAAUAAGCACCCAACGGGCCACGGUAUCAGGGAGGCUUCACCGCGCUGACAACACAGACGUUGUAACGCAGAGGAAACGUCAUGCCUCUAGUCCACCGGCCGAGGCUGAAUCGCAGUCAACCCAACAAUCAACCCAGGACCUGAAGCAAAAUGUCCCGAACUUUACAUCGCUUACGCCUGAGCAGGAGGCAACAUUAACUCCUGCACAGAGUGUUAGAUAUAAGGAGAUCCUAAAGAAUCACGGCACAGUUACUGUAACUGCGGCACCUACAGAAGCUAACAGCGAAUCCCUUAAUCGCCUUAAGCUUAUUGGACAAGAAGAGCAAAGGCAGUUUAAUCAAGAGCAUAUGGAAGAUAUUCCAAUGAGCCCUGAAGAAUAUACAGAAGCUGCGCAAAAAGUAAAGCGACUUGUCUCAGAUAUAAGCAAGGUUGGGCGUAGGGUAAGGGAAUGGUACGAUAUUACACAAGAUGACGCACGAGCUAAGAUGUUCUUUAACUAUCGGCUACGUCUUAUUAAGCAACACGUCGAUGGCGAACAAAUGACGGUAAUGAAGGAUGUUUUCAGUAUCCGCUCCUCCGACCUAGACCAGUGUCGCGCUUUGCUUGAGACUAUGGCUAAGGAAUUAGCGGCCAGUGUAAUAGACAAGCAUAUGAUGAAUCCUGGUGCGAAGGGAAUAAGUCAGCAGGUCCUCCAAGAAUUGAAGCAAUUAUCGCUACAGCAGCAGCAGCAACGGCAGGCCCAGCAGGCAGGGCGUAUGGCUCCUUGA